AUGCUGGUAUGUUAUGCAAAAUAAGCAUAACAAAUCCACACAACACUACUACACCCCACUAAGAGUUGGCAUUGCCUUUUGAGACGACACGUGGGACGUCGCGAGAGAGCGAGGUUUGGUGUGCGUUUAAUUUCUCUCUUGGCCGCGCGCGUAUGUGGUGAUAGAGACUUGCUGGCCAGGCCAUUGCUGCUGCUGCUGCAUGCACGAGUCCGAUACUCGAAGAAGACGACGACGACGACGUGUAUCUACGCUGUGAAGAACUGCUCUUCUUCUUUCAGUGUGUCUCGCUGAGACUGGGCCAGCAGUGAAAAUAAUUGUGUGGUGACUUCACUCCGUUCGAAAUAGGUGCACAUCGAGUCGAAAGUUUUUCUGUUCCUUCGUAUCUGAACCCCCGCGGAAGUGCUCUGCAGCCGGUCCCGGAGCGAUGGCCAAACUGAAGGACAGCGAGGUGAUCCUCAGGUACCUGUACCUCGGCACCGAUCAGCCGUUCUACAUUCGCAAACCCCAACCGCUGAACAUUGAGGAAGGCUGCAGGAUUCUCGGCCCCAUCAAGACUCUGGCUGAGGCGACUUCGACGACGACGACGACGCAGUCGAACGCUGUCAAUGGAGCGGACGAAGAUCCGCUGGUCCGGAAGUUGGCCGAAGCGGUAACGCUGACCGAGCCUCCGCUCGAGAUGGUUGAGAGGGUCAUGAAAAGUGGCUCGCUGGUUCGUCCGGACGAGUGCCUCUUUGCGCUGGCUUUCCUAGCGCGGACGUUCAAAACGCCCGAGGAAAAGCACAAGGUGUACGAGACCAUCCCGAAGCUGAUCGAGCGUUCGGAGGAUCUGUUCCAGUUUGUGCACUUCUACCAGAAGCUGGCGACCACCGGCAAGGGAUUUGGUCACGGCAUGAAGACGGCGCUAACCAAGUGGUACGACAAACAUUCCGCCGUGGAGUUGGCCAAGAUGUUCGCGUCGGACCGUAGCUGCCACAAGUGGAGCCAUAAGGAUCUGGCGGUGAUGCUGCACAUGAACCUGAAGGACAGAGAAAAGAUGGAAGUCAUCAACGCUGCAGUGGGUGGGAAAAAGAAACGAUCCAACGGUGAAAAAUCGGACGUGGCCAGCAAAAAGAAGAAGUCGGAUGGGGUGGAAAAUGGUGCGGAAGCUUCGGAGGAGCCGAAAAAAGAGGAUGAGAAAGCUAGUGAGGAGAAGGUCAGCGAAGCUGUGCAGGUUUUAAAGGACAUUAAAACCUUCAAGGCGGUUCAGACGGCCACGCAAGCCUGCCAGAUGAUCAAGCAGCAUCAGUACACGAUCCAGCUGGUGCCGGCUCCGUUGCAGCGUGUGUCCGCCGUCUGGGAGAGUCUGUUCUCGCGCAUGGCCUACAGAGACAUUGUCCAGGCUGCGCUGGUACUGCAGGACUACAAGCUGCUGAAGGACGUCGACACGCCGUUUUCGACCGCGUACGGUAACGUGCUGAACCGCGUGACUUCGGUGUCGGAAUCGAAGCUCCAUCCCAUCUUCAUCUACCAGACGAUGCGACUGUACGAGGAACGGCAACGCUACCUGAACGUGGUCAAGGAAGCCGUGCACACCGCCAACAAUUUAGCGCUGAAAAACGUGACGGCCAAUCCGACGGUGAUGAAGCAGUUUUACAACGCGUUGAACAGCUCGAUGCUGAACUAUCAGCGCACCGGGUUGCGAUUCUUCGUCACGCUGGAUUUGAGAUCGAAGCAGUCGAAAAAGCCCGUCUUUGGGAACCGUCUGAUGUCGUGCCAGGCGGCGUUCGUUCUGCUGACCCUGCCGAUGUUGAAGCGCGAAACGCACGUCAACAUUAUGUCGUUCACGGAGCAGCCGACCAAGCUGAACAACGUCAAUCUGACCCGCGAGAUGGCCUACUUCCAGGGCUGCGAUCACAUCCAGGCGAUCGCCAACCGGAAGACCAAGGUGGACAUUUGCGAGCCGAUUCGCCAUGCGCAGCGCGCCAAGGCAAAGGUGGACGUGUUUUUGACGAUCGUGGACUCGCUCAUCCGCGUCAACCCGAAGCGGGACUCGCCGGUGCAGGUGCUGAACACGUACAACGCCGAAACGCGCAACAAAGCGGUGUACAUUAUUGUCAGCCUGAGUCGCCACCAGCAGGACCUGCGCCACGCGGAUAUGGCCGCAACCAGACGGGUGCUGGAAAUCGUCGGUUGUACCGAGGAGACGCCGAAGGUGAUCGAUGCGUACGUACGGGGACACUUUACGUAAGCGAUCGCGGAAUUGUCGGCAGAAGGUAUCUUAAUCGUAUUUUACUAUGGAUUUAUUCAGCGGUAGUUGUAGAUGCUUCGGGCAAGGAUUUUCUCGUAAACUGCAUAGCGUGUGAACCCAGUAUAGUGCAGCUUAGUCUGGUCCCUCUUUGUUUGCAACGCCAUGUGGAUUUUUUUAGAAUAUUCGUACACUUUAAGCAAGCAGUGUAUGUGGGUUUUAGGAAAUUGAAAUUUGGUUUGAAAAUAAACCUCAAAUUGAAUGAUACAUCAACCCCAAA